CCGAUUAGGAGAAUACUCUGGCCAAGACUCGCGCCACGACACCCUGUCUGACACCGACACCACUUCCGAACUCUCCUGAGUGAAGUGUCGUCCGGAACUCAUCUCAUCCAGGAUACCUUACACAUUAACAGCUUUUGGCUCCGUAGAUUCACAUGCCUCACGGUGCAUGAUCUCUCCGCAGCAUCCUAUUCCUACCGCCAGCCAAUGUCGAGAAAAUCAGUAAAUGGCCCGCAAAUGUCUCAGCAGCCCUCACCAUCACGACCCCAAUGUUGGGAGUGCCGAAGGAGACGUCAUGUCUGCGAUGGCAUGCAACCCGUAUGCGCUAAAUGCCAAACCGCCCGAAUCGUGUGUCCCGGCUAUGCAGACAAGAGACCUUUGACGUGGGUAACACCUGGCCAGGCCAUGUCUCGGCCCCGGAAGGCGAAGCCAAGCUCAAAACGGAACACCGCACAAAAGUCCUGCAACGACAUCCGGGACCGCGGGAGGCUCCCUAUUCGUGCCGCCCCCUCCACAUCUCAGAGCCCUGGGACUGGGACCGAAAGCGACAGCCACACGGAGGAGCUGGAUCUCCCCGCUCCCGUCGAGCUCCGGCCCGAGGUGUGCGAUAUCAUCGAUGCGAUGCUUUACUAUAAUUCCCACAUCUACCCAGACCUGAUCCGGCACCAGCUUGGGCCCAACAGCUUUGUGAUACCCUUGACCAUCGUAGAGAACUGCCCGCCCGCCAUCACCCACACACUCGUGUCGAUUACCAUCAGCCACCGGAUCCUCCAGGUGGCAGAGGAUCCCGCAUCAGACCAGGCGGUCAAACCCUUGUGGACGCGCCUCUACCGACACCGCGACAUUGCCGUGCGUGUCAUCAACAAGCUGGUCGCCGACGAGAAGACGCGCAAGGAUAUUGCAACGGUCGUUAGCGUCUAUACCCUUCUGUUUGCCAUGCUUCAGCAGUCUUUCAAGCCUUGUUGGCGAACCCACGUCGAUGGCUUGAUGAGCCUGGUCCGUCUCUGGGGCUCCUUGUCCGCCAUCAUUCAGGCCGUUCCGGGCAUGGAACUGAGCAUGAUGGCAUUAUGCAUCGUCAGCGUCCUCGCCAAUACCACCAGUCCGAGGGACAACCAGCUCCAGGUCGCCAGCACCGAGGAGAUCCUCUCCCUCUCCCAAACCUACUACACUGAGACGUUCUUCCCAUCCAUUCCCAUGCCUCCCGCGCUCUUCGCCGAGCUGGUCCUCAUCAACGCCCUCCGGGCAGAAGCGCCUUCGGACACCGCCACGGCAGAAGCCGAGCUAAUCCUUUCCCGCAUCGAGUCGUUCGACCCGCAGACCUGGUCCGCCACCCGGCCCGCAGCUGAGCGAGAGGACCCAACCCUGCAAGCCGACUGGCUGCUCAUCGCCACCCUCUUCCAUGCCGCCGUCGCGCUCUACGCCAUUCUCUCGCUCCAAAGCUCCGGCGCACUCCCCUGCUCCUCCGCCUCUUCCUCCGCCUCCUCCUACUCUCCAUCUCCAUCUCCAUCUACAUCUCAACAGUCUCCCGAAACAAAAAGGUUAGAAUCAGAAUUAGAAAUACAGCUCGAACUGUCCCGCGCCCGCCACGCCCGCCAGCUCUUCGCCCUGCUCGAGUCGGGUAUGUCGGCGCCCCGCGUGCGCAAGCGCAUGACCUGGCCGCUGCUGGUCGCCGGCGUCGAGGCAGCGUCGCGCGGGGCGAGCUGGGAGGUGCAGCGGUAUAUCGGCGCGUGUCUGAGCGAGAUGGGGCGGGACCAGGGGUCGGCGGCUCCCGGGCUGGCGCGGCGGGUGCUGGAGCGUUUCUGCCUGGGCGGAGGGUCACGCUGGGACGAGUGUUUUGCGGAGCCCUUUGCGCUGGUUAUGUGACGCUUCCUUCCUUCUAAU